AUACAAUUUCAUUCGCAUGUUUUGUUUCCUUCCAUUGAGAGAGAAAAAUCGUGGUAGAAUUAGAAUCUGAAGUAUGGUUAGUGUAUAUUAUUAAAAGUACAAAGUAGUAUCUAAAUAAAUAGGAAGUAGGCCUUGGGUCUGGGAAAAAGGGCGAGGCCCAAAAUUUUUAGCCGUCUAGGCCUAGUGGUUGCAUUAAGUCUCACUUUAUCCCUGGCUUUGUUUGCUGGAUUGAGGUGAUGAUGGAUCUGGAUUAGUAUCGAUGGCGGCAAAGGCAAAGCAAAUGAUGCUGAAGAUGUUGACUUCUUCCUUUUCUUUUUCUGUUUCAUCACUAUCGGCACCGGCAUCGGUAUCAGCGGUCCGUCAUCCCACAAAAUCGUGUGCUCUCGUGAGAUCUGCUGCUUGUAGAAGCAUCUCUACUGAUACAAGUAAAAAGAAGAAGAAGAAGAAGAAAGAAAAGGGCAAUUGGAAUGCAAACGGGUUGGAGAAAGAAAAGAGAAGGACCCGUUCACUCAGGGAUUGCGAUAUUGAGAUUGAGGAGAAGGAGGAGGAUGAUUCUUCUUCUACUUCAGUGAUGAUGCAGCAGACCCAGACCCACGUUCCCGUUAUGUUGGGUGAAGUGCUUGAUGUCUUCUCUUCAAAUUCAAAGCCUCUCUGCUCUUUUGUCGACUGUACUCUUGGAGCUGCUGGUCAUGCUUCCGCGAUAAUCCAGGCCCACCCUGAACUGAAGCUUUUCAUUGGAAUGGAUGUGGAUCCUCUUGCACUCCAUAUGGCUCGGUCUCGCAUCCAUUCUCUUUCCCACUCCCAUCCUCACCCUCACUUGCAAGCUUUCACUUUUCUCAACAAUUUCAGACACAUCAAAUCCGUUCUGAGGCAGGUUGACCACCCCGACAUCUUCUCUUCCGGAGUCGAUGGCAUCUUAAUGGACUUAGGAAUGUCAUCCAUGCAGGUCAACAAUCCCGAUCGAGGUUUCAGUGUGCUUGCUAAUGGACCUCUUGAUAUGCGCAUGGAUCCUCAGGCUAGUCUGAAAGCAGAAGACAUUUUAAAUUCUUGGCCAGACAUUGAAGUGGGAAGAAUCCUUCGGGAUUAUGGAGAAGAAAGCAAUUGGUGGUUGCUUCAAAAUAAGAUAAUUCAGGCCCGCCUACAAGGUGGAUUGCAUUCCACUGGUGAACUGGUUGAUGUUAUUCGGAGUGUGAAGCCUAGAACAAGGGGAGGCAGGCAAGGUUGGGUAAAGACAGCAACACGAGUGUUUCAAGCCCUAAGAAUCGCUGUCAAUGAUGAACUCAAGACACUGGAGGACUCCUUGUAUGCUUGUUUUGAUUGCCUUGCUCCUGGGGGUAGGCUUGCUGUCAUAUCUUUCCACAGUUUGGAGGACAGAAUUGUGAAACAAACAUUUCUUAAAAUCAUCGGUUGCUGCAUGGAAAGUGGGGAUGGUAGUGAGGAUAUAGGAGAUUUGAGAAAGAUGAGAAGUGACAAUAAUCUAAAUGAAGCAUGGAUUCGACAGACGAUACAAGGUUGGAAUGGAACAGUACUUACCAAGAGGCCAAUAACACCAUCUGAAAAGGAAGAAGGGUUCAACCGUCGGUGUAGAAGUGCUAAGCUAAGGGUAAUUCAGAAGGUGCCUAGAUAGGUGAUGGGUGAGUUAUAGCUGGAGGUCGUAGCUAGCUUAGGGAAGUUAUAACUGUAUCUUUUAUGAGCCGCUCUGCCUUAGGCAUUCAAUCCCAUCUGUUUCACAAUUAGAAACUUUCCACGGAGGGAAAAAUUGUUAACAGUGUACCAUCUUGUAACUAAAAUUAAAUUUUACCAUCAUUGGCGAUGGUGGUGGUAUGACAUUUGGAAAGAGGAAGGGGACUCCUUUGCCACCAUUGGCCAUGGGAUUACUACCCUUUU